GGCCGCAUGGAGCCCGAGCUGGAGCACACUAUGCCUGGGACCCUGACCUGGAGCCACAGUGGGGGUCCAGAGAGUCAAGAGAUGGACUUCUUAGAACAAGGAGAAAACUCAUGGCCCUCACCAGCUGUGGCCACCAGCUCAGAAAGAGCCUGUGCCAUACGGGGAGUCAAGGCUUCCAGAUGGACGAGACAGGAGGCUGUAGAGGAAGCAGAGCCACCAGGUUUGGGAGAAGGUGCCCAGUCCAGACCAGCUGCUGAGUCCACCAGGCAGGAGGCCACAUUCCCAAAGGCCACACCCUUGGCUCAAGCUGUUCCCUUGGCUGAAGCGGAGACCUCCCCCACAGGGUGGGACCUGCUCUUGCCCGACUGUGCAGCCUCAGCAGUGGGCUCCAGCACAGGUGACCUGGAGCUGACCAUAGAGUUCCCAGCCCCAGAGGCCUGGGACUGUGAGCUGGAAGGCCCGAGGAAGGACAGGCCUCGUCCUGGUCCAUCCCCACAGGUCCCACUUCGCGGCCUGAGUUGGGAUGACGAACUUCAGAAGCCCGGAGCCCAGGUCUACAUGCACUUCAUGCAGGAACACACCUGUUAUGAUGCCAUGGCUACCAGCUCCAAACUGGUCAUCUUUGACACCACGCUGGAGAUAAAGAAGGCUUUCUUUGCCAUGGUGGCCAACGGUGUGAGGGCAGCUCCUCUGUGGGACAGCAAGAAGCAGAGCUUUGUGGGUAUGCUCACCAUCACUGACUUUAUCCUGGUGCUGCACCGGUACUACAGAUCCCCCCUGGUCCAGAUCUACGAGAUUGAAGAGCAUAAGAUUGAGACCUGGAGGGAGAUCUACCUACAAGGCUGCUUCAAGCCUCUAGUCUCCAUCUCUCCCAAUGACAGUCUGUUUGAAGCUGUCUAUGCCCUCAUCAAGAACCGAAUCCACCGCCUGCCGGUCCUGGACCCGGUCUCCGGCACUGUGCUCUACAUACUCACACACAAGCGGCUACUCAAGUUCCUGCAUAUAUUUGGUGCCCUGUUGCCCCGGCCCUCCUUCCUCUGCCGCACUAUCCAAGACUUGGGCAUCGGCACAUUCCGAGAUUUGGCUGUAGUUCUGGAAACAGCUCCUGUCCUGACUGCGCUGGACAUCUUUGUGGACCGACGUGUGUCUGCACUGCCUGUGGUCAAUGAAUCUGGUCAGGUAGUGGGCCUCUACUCCCGCUUUGAUGUCAUUCACCUGGCUGCCCAGCAAACCUACAACCACCUAGACAUGAGUGUGGGAGAAGCUCUGAGACAGAGGACACUGUGUCUGGAGGGAGUUCUCUCCUGCCAGCCCCACGAGAGCCUAGGUGAAGUCAUUGACAGGAUCGCACGGGAACAGGUGCAUAGGCUGGUGUUGGUGGAUGAGACCCAGCAUCUUCUGGGCGUGGUUUCCCUCUCUGACAUACUUCAAGCACUGGUACUCAGCCCUGCUGGCAUCGAUGCCCUCAGCGCCUGAGACCUGAGUCCUCACACCCAAGCCAUCUUCUUCGCCUGAAAACCAACGAAAGGAUCUUGGAACUUGAAGGGGAAUUGGCCUUCAUCUUCUCUCACCCCCAUCUGCUGGCUCUGCUCUGGUACAGGCUCUCCAGCCUUCCCUGAUUGUCCUUGCUACCUAUACUCUCAGAAGCCUUUGGGCAUGCCCAGUGCACCAGGACGAUGAAAGAACAACAGAGUCAAGCCUGCAAGUCCCUGAACCAGAGACCCUGCAGUCAGUCAUGGAUCAUCUGUGUGUCCUGUCCCUGCUUACUCUUUUCCCUGCUCCUGGAUCAGGGCUGAGCUCAGUGGGGCAGUGAGCCUGCGGCCUAUGGAUUUAGAUAGGGGCCUGAAAUGCUUGGUUUCUGGACCAGGUACACUUGUGUU